AUGUCUGGGUUGCACCUCUGGGCCUCACGGCUCCUGUUCACAUGGCAGCUGAUGUGGCUGCAAAUCCAGGCGGCUCAGCCUCCGGCCCUGGACCCUGCCCUGCUGACCUCCAUUCCCCCGGGGCCCAUCGAGCCCUGGUCUUGGGAUCAGCAAAACCCUAUAAGUAUAUCUGAAGACGAUGAACUUCCGUCAUUCCAACAGGGAGCCUCAGCUCUGCCUCCAGAGGCCCCCGAGACAAGGGAAGCUUCUCCAAACGCCCAGGAUGCUUCAGCUCAGCUUCCACCCCAACAUGACGCCCAAGCUCAGUCUACUGUGUCCUCUGAGCCGUUGAAAGUGUUGUUAGUCCACCAAGGAGUUCCACUCUACCCUGAAUGUGUUCAAUCUUCCAUCCAGCAGAAGAGCUCAGCCCCCACUCCCGUGUGUCUGGCAGGUGCACACUCUUCUCCAGUCCCUCAGAAGUGUCGAGCUCAGCCCCGGAAAUCCUCUAUGGAUGUCAUAGCUCAACCUUCAGUACAUCAGGAGGCGACCGUCUCACCUCUCGGUUUGGGUGAAGCUCAGCAUCCAGUGUUGCCUGUUAUCAAUGUUAAAGCUGUGGAUCUGGGGGUUUUGAUACCUUCAGAGCCCCCUACAGAGAUGGAACCAUCUGCAGCUGACAAGGUCUCAGUUCAUCCUCCAAAGUUCACAGACGAGCUCAAGCCUCCAUCCCAGCAGGAGACCCCAACUCAGCCUACUUCGGAGGCUGAUGCCACAGCCCUGCAGCGAACUACAGCUCCUCCAAAGCCCCCUGAGGUGGCACUUCCACGUCCAGAGCCUGUUCAGGCUCAGCAGCCAACAUUGUCUGAAGCCACAUUUCAACCGUUGGACCUGGAGCUGACCGUCACUCCUGAACCUACUUUGGAAUCGUCAGAAACAGUUCCUCCAGUGACUGAACAGAGUGCCACCAUGAACUUAUGUGAGCUCUGUACCUGCAGUAAUGGAACACUUUCAUGUAUUGGUCUCAGCCCAGACAGGAGACUCGACAGAGUGCCCGUGCCAGAGCCCAACACCUACAGUGGCACUUUUACUGUCUUAAACUUGCAAGGAAACUCUAUUUCUUACAUUGGUAAAGACACAUGGAAGUCAUACCAUUUGGUUGAGAAACUAAUUCUCAGUGGAAAUAAUUUGAGAGAAUUGCAUAAGGAUUCAUUUGAAGGCCUGCAGUCUCUCCAGUAUUUGGACUUAUCCUGCAAUAAAAUAGAAUUUAUUGAAAGGAAUACAUUUGGAUCACUACCUUUCUUGCAACAUCUGAAUCUUAGUCACAAUUUAAUCACAAAAUUGAGCUUUGGGAUGUUUCAGGCCCAGCAUGGAAUGCAGUUUUUACACAAGUUGUCCAGACUGAUGGAAUCUAAUGAACAAAAUAAACUGACAAACGAUAUAGAACCUGAGACAUGGAAAUGUGGAACAGACUGA